GCGUAGCCUUGCGGCUGCUCAGCGUGUCGGCGCGCACCUCGCCGUGCUGUCUCCCGUUUUCUGCAUCAUGGCCCCCCGAAAGCGCGUGAUUUGCAGCCCGGUUGCCUCUCCGGGCCGUGGGUUGACGUUUGAAGCGAGUGCUGGGUGCGCAGUCCCAGUGUUUUGUCUUCUCGCGGCGUUUGCCCGUGAAGUGGGUGGUAUUUCCGGCAAUGCCCCACACUGGAGCGCUGUGCCGUGACAAUAUAUGUGUAGCCUGUGUCUGCGAGCGCUGGCACUGAAUCCUCUUAUCCCCUCUAGUGUGCGCUUUGGCCCGUUGCAAAACCCUGACGCCCUUAGAUCCACGCGCUUCUCCGCCGGCACUCAUCCGACUCCCAGCGCGGGGCGCUAUCACCACCCACUACUGGCCCUCGCAUCCUUAGUUUUGGAAAAUUUCACCUCAACCACUCUCCCAGCCCCACCGUGCCCGUGUGUGAGCAGCGCCUCUGCUCUCGAAUUGACGUCUUGCGGCCCGGCCCUCAGUCACCCACUCGGCUGUCGUCAUCCCGCGCUGCUGCAACACCAAACCCACCUCGACAGGGCCAACCGCAAAAGCGCGCGCAAGCCCGCCGAGUUCUGCAGGCUUCAGCUGUUGAGUGCGCGCGCAAGCCAGACAACGGCGCCCGCCUAUAGCGACGACGAGAUCGCGGGGAUCGAAGACUGAUCGAACAUGGCUAAGCCCGUCGAGCCCGAGCCGACCGACGACAGGGUUUGUGUUC